AUGUCAUCUGUUAUAACAGCUUCGGCACCGUGGUGGAAGGUCGUAUCUCCAGGCGACGUACCGACCAACGCUCAGCAUCGUUACCACCUCUUCGCGCAGCGACUACAAGACUCCCCCGCCCUUUCCACGAACAGCGCAUUCGAUGUGCACGCUUCAGGCAGCGUCGCAAACGUCGGAGUUCUUGCUAUGGUAGCCUUGCUCUCACAGGCAGCCGAGGUCGAGGAAGUCGAGACUGCCUUGCAACGCACUCUGUGCGGGCGUGUCAACGAAUCCAAGCUCCUCAGCGUAGCCAUCUUCGAACUCAUUGAAUGUCACCGGCCUGCCUUCAAUGUGAUCAAGGGCGAGUUCGGCGAAGCCGCCGUCCUCGCCCUUGAAGCGUACAUUCUCUCCUCUGGACAAGAGUAUGCAGGCCUUCUACACGAAAUCGAGCAGAAGGCUGCAGGCGACAGCCGGCCAUGCUAUAUUCUGCCCGUCUGUCAGCAGCUAGCUCCAGAAGCUGCCAUGGCUCGUCGAAACAGUAUCACGAAGACCUUGCGCGGUCAGAGCGAUCAGAUUGCCAGAUUUCUUCGCGAGUUCAUCGCCAAACGUGCUCUAGUGCAGCCUCGGUCUGAAGCAACCCCAGACACGACCUCCUCCUUGCUGGAUGCCGUUCGAGAUGCCAGCCAGCACGGUGCAGAUAAGAUCUCACAGGCGACGGAUGUCCUGACGGCGCUGCGCAUGAACUGCAGCGUUGCAGACGCGACUUGUCGCAUGUUUGGUAACCGCCUUAAGUCGGUUCAAGCGGACCUCUUUCGCGUAGGAGAUAUAUCUGCCCAAUUGCAGGUUGCCGCAGGGAAGGUCGUCGCUCACAGGUGGAAUGAACACGGUCUGGGAUGCAAGGAGGGCGAGCAGUCGGCAUCAGCGGCGCUAUUGAUCAUGGCAGCCCAGGCAUCCAAGCGCAAGCGCGUCAGGGUCGCCUGUGACGAUGCACCUUCUCGCCGCACUCGUAGCAAAGGCUGCACGCAGACGAGCGGCUACAACACGCGCAGCCGCGCAGCGCCUGCCCCUGUUGCCGGCCGCCGCCACGUCGCGAAGGUGCCCUUCGUCAAGAGGAAGUCGGUGCGCAGAUCUUCUGCCUGUGCUGCCGCUCCGCAAAUAGACUCGGUCUCUGCACGACUUCCUGUCCUGUAUGGCCUGGUUCGCGGACGCGCGUAG